CUUGGGUACUUUGAAGCGGUAUGGCGUCUCUGAUAGGUGUACGUAUUUGUACUUGGUUGUGCCCCGCCUCUUUUUUUGUUUCGGCCCACAAGUUCCUCCCAUCGACUGUGGGAUCGGUGCAUCAAGCCAACUUCGUUCCUCCCUUUUUUCCCACACUCUCGCCCCAGAAGUAAUUGACUUGUCCGACUUCUCUACCUUAAAAUCAACUUCCACGCCAAACACCUCCUUUUUCUCGUCAUCCUUCUGCCCAGCAGACGUCGAGAAAAACAAACACCAUCUUUGCUCUCACGAUCCGGGAAUCGCAAGGGCUAUCAGAAACUUCCUCAUUCUCUUCUAUUUUAAUCUUUUAACACCUAACCUACAUAAUCCAUCACAAUGGAGGAGGAAGUUGCUGCCCUCGUUAUCGACAAUGGUUCGGGUAUGUGCAAGGCCGGUUUCGCCGGUGAUGAUGCUCCCCGAGCUGUUUUCCCGUCCAUCGUUGGUCGUCCCCGCCAUCAUGGUAUCAUGAUUGGUAUGGGUCAGAAGGACUCGUACGUCGGUGAUGAGGCACAGUCGAAGCGUGGUAUCCUAACCCUGCGAUACCCUAUCGAGCACGGUGUCGUUACCAACUGGGAUGACAUGGAGAAGAUCUGGCAUCACACUUUCUACAACGAGCUGCGUGUGGCUCCUGAGGAGCACCCCGUUCUGCUCACGGAGGCUCCUAUCAACCCCAAGUCCAACCGUGAGAAGAUGACCCAGAUCGUCUUCGAGACUUUCAACGCCCCCGCCUUCUACGUCUCCAUCCAGGCUGUCCUCUCUCUGUACGCUUCCGGUCGUACCACCGGUAUCGUGCUCGACUCCGGUGAUGGUGUUACCCACGUUGUCCCCAUCUACGAAGGUUUCGCCCUUCCCCACGCCAUUGCUCGUGUCGAUAUGGCUGGUCGUGACUUGACCGACUACCUCAUGAAGAUCCUCGCUGAGCGCGGUUACAGCUUCUCUACCACUGCCGAACGAGAAAUCGUCCGAGAUAUCAAGGAGAAGCUCUGCUACGUCGCUCUUGACUUCGAGCAGGAGAUCCAGACUGCUGCCCAGAGCUCCAGCCUGGAGAAGUCCUACGAGCUUCCCGACGGUCAAGUCAUUACUAUUGGUAACGAGCGAUUCCGUGCCCCUGAGGCUCUGUUCCAGCCUUCUGUGCUGGGUCUUGAGAGCGGUGGUAUCCACGUCACCACUUUCAACUCCAUCAUGAAGUGUGAUGUCGAUGUCCGAAAGGACCUCUACGGCAACAUUGUCAUGUCUGGUGGUACUACCAUGUACCCUGGUCUCUCCGACCGUAUGCAGAAGGAGAUCACCGCCUUGGCCCCGUCAUCCAUGAAGGUCAGAAUUAUCGCUCCCCCUGAGCGAAAGUACUCCGUCUGGAUCGGUGGUUCCAUCUUGGCUUCUCUGUCCACCUUCCAGCAAAUGUGGAUCUCCAAGCAGGAGUACGACGAGAGCGGUCCUUCGAUCGUUCACCGCAAGUGCUUCUAAGGUAUAUACUCCCAUGAGAAAUUCCGCUCCUGAUCUAAGGGUCUGACAAUAAAUUAGCGCUUGAAACACCGCAAACCC